AUGUCUGCAGCGAACCAGUCUGGUAUGGAGCCUCCGCUCAUGCUCACGGCGCUCCCCUCGGAACUCCUCACGCACGUGUGCCUUCUCGCAGCCUGCCCGUGCCGGCUCACGUCGACCUCGUGCCUGCUCACCCUCGUGCGCGCCUCACGCACGUGUAAGCCGCUCCACGAGUGUGCAGAUGCAGCCGCUCUUCAGCUGGCAGAGAGCCUUGGCUACGACCUCGACAAGGGCGACCCGGAUUGGGUGCGUCCGGACUGGUCGAUGCUCGAGCGCCUCUACACGCUUUACCAGUCGGACAAUGCGGCCAGGAUGCCGACCGCGGUGCACGCCGAGGACGGCACUGCUGCGCUAUCUGUGCUGCGAGAGCAGUUUGGACACUUCCACCCGAUCCUCUGCCAGCAGCUCGUUCUGCCAGCGGACGCGUCUGAUCAGCCUCGAAACGAAGACACCAAGCAGCUUCCUCCCGGAGCAGCCGAGUAUGCGAACUUAGCCGCGCUGUACUGCUCAGCGGUGCCAUCUCAAGGCGCGGAGCAAGGCGCCGAUGACGAGGCACCUCCUGGGACACGGGAGAUGCAAGAGUGGGUCGAGGCAGGAUGGGCAGAGGGCUUCGACGCCGAGGGCCGCGCCCACUUUGGAGGCGAGCUCGCAGGCAAGUCCGGCGAGGACGCGUAUAUCGGGGCGACAGAGUUACUUGUCGCGCUCUUCCACAAGCGGUUCCGAGCGUGCAUCGUCGAGAUCGACAACGACCGCCCAGGCCACACCAUCUUCAACGUCGCCAAGAAGGCCUUCUCCUUCGACGAGCCAGCGUGCCUCCCGAUCUUCCUGCAAAAGGAUGGGCACUCGUUUCUGAUUGUUGGAGUCACUACAUGCCUGACGGCCGCGGACACUGGCAAGCUCCUCGUUUGCGAUCCAAACAAGCCCGGUCGCGUCAUUGCCAUCGACCCCCAGCUCAAGCUGAAGGGGAGCAGACAAUACCAGCUCCUCAUCGUCUUGGGCCGGGAGCCGUUCCCGAACAUCUCCCGGGAGGUGUGCCUCACCUUGAAUCAGCAGGACGGUGCAGGGGAUGACGGCACAGACCUGUAUCCCGCCGGGGCGUGUGUCGGCAGGGGCAUGCCGCAGUGGCGCUUCGGCCCUUUCCCAUCUGGCCGCCGGACCUACCGUGAUCUGACCCCGAGCAUCAUUUGGUUCGAGCGUGCGAUGCGUUCGACGCCCGACUGGUUCACUCCGACGGGUUUCCGGUGCGUGUACCGCAUGGGCGGCGAGGACCAGUCGGAGUUCCCGUACCUCGUCAUGGUGCAGCGCGGGAAGCGCAAUGUCAAUCUGGGGCGGUUUCCCACCGCAGAGGCGGCGGCGCGUUUUUUCGCGCAAUCGCCGGAGGGCCAAGCGCGGCUAGCGGCGCAGCACGAAGAUGAGGUCCUGCCCAGCCUCGACACCCUUGCUCUUGGGUGA